AUGUUCUCAUUCUUGGGUUCACGUAAAGUCUCAAAGAAGUCAACAACGGAGAGGGAAGCGGAUGGAGGCUUUGUCAUCAUUGAAUCUGUGACGAAGGAGGGCGAUGUUGCCAAAAGCAAGGCCGACAGCAACGAAGAUGAGGAAUCGAAGAAGGCCACUUACGCUAACGGCGUAAACAGCCAUUUGCUACGAGAAACAGUUGAAGAGCAGAGGCAAAAGAUGCAGUUGAUGAACAUCGGACAACCUUCAACCAAUGUUGUUGUCCAGCCAUCCAAGUCAAUUCCAGCUCCCAUUCAACAGACAGAAAGCAUUUCAUCUACAGAUCCAUCACUCACGAAGCUGGGAGAUAGGACAUUUGCAGUGGAGGCUACCUCGCCUGGCCCGGACCUCCUUGGUGACAUCCCCUUCACUUUGGCACCUCAAGUCCGAGCCGUGCAGAGAGGGAUCCCUUUUAUUCCAGAUAUACUUCUGUCAAACGACAUCAACUCUAUGCUAAUGUGUUUUCAAUAUGACUUCACUUUAGAAAAGUCAGUCCUAAAUAACUUGGAGUAG